UGCGUUUUCAAAAUGGUCAGCAAAACCGAGCAACUGGACUUUCACCAUCCCUACACGCCCUAUGAUAUACAAAAUGAGUUCAUGAGCGCUGUAUACGAAUGUUUAGAAAAUGGCCAGGUCGGCAUCUUUGAAUCACCGACCGGGACAGGCAAGUCACUGAGCCUGAUCUGCGGCUCCUUGACAUGGUUGAGAGACCACAAAAGGAGGACUUUCGAAGAAGGAUUUGCAGCCGAUGUAGCGAAUAGCGAAGAGCCGGCAUGGAUCGUCGAGCAUGCACAGAAGCAGCGUAAGCAAGAAGCACUUCGUCGGAAACAAGAGUUGAAUGAACGCAUUGCAAAAAUCAAAGCAAAGGAGAAGCGUGCAAAAGAGCGCUAUGAGAAUGGCGAAUCAAGUUACAAGAGACGGAAGGUUGUUUCAGGCGAAACGGACGAUGAUGAUGAAGCACAAUUCGUGCUUGACGACUAUGACAGCGACCAGGAAUCUCAAAAGCAAGCAAGAGGUGGUACCUUUAAUGAGUCUGGGCUAUCUGCAGCAACACAGGCGUUGAUGGCAUCGUUGGGGUAUGCUGAUGAUGCUCCGAAGAACGACGAUGGGGAAGUGCCCGACGAGACAAAGAUAUUUUUCUGUUCUCGGACGCACUCUCAACUGACGCAGUUUUCGAGCGAGCUGGGCCGGGUCAAGAUGCCGCCUGCUAUUGCUCUGGACGAUGACACGAACAGCGCUGAUACGGAUUCACUCGUGGAAGAUAUCAAACACCUUACGCUCGGAUCAAGGAAGAACCUAUGUAUUAAUGAUAAGGUAAAUAAGCUCGGAAGCGCUACUGCCAUCAACGAACGAUGCCUAGAGCUGCAACAGAACAGUAGCACCGAAAGCCGAUGCCCCCAUAUGCCGAGUAAAGAAAGCGAGCCUCUAAUCAACGACUUUCGUGAUCAUGCGCUUGCAAAGAUCAGAGACAUCGAGGAUCUCGGAUCGCUGGGCAAAAAACUGGGGGUAUGUCCCUAUUAUGCUUCAAGACCAGCGACAAAGUAUUGCGAGAUUGUGACCUUGCCGUAUCCAUUGCUCUUACAACGCACUGCUCGCGAGGCACUUGGACUAUCUCUUAAAGACCAUGUUGUCAUUAUCGACGAAGCGCACAACUUGAUGGAUGCUAUAGCAGGCAUUUACUCCGUUUCUGUAACGCUCGGCCAAGUUCAACAAGCGCGCGCCCAGCUUACAGCCUAUCUUCAAAAGUUUCGCAACAAGCUAAAAGGAAAGAACCGAGUCUACGUUGCCCAGACAGUUAGGAUCCUAGAUUCAAUCCUUGCUUAUUUGCAGUCUAUCGACGCUGAUCCAAAGGCAACUGAUGGCCUGGUUGACAUGGUAUCUAUAAUGUCCGGAAAGGGCGUUGACCAGAUCAAUGUUUUCAAGCUCAAUGCAUACCUCCAAGAAAGCAGGCUCGCUCGAAAGGUUGAUGGAUAUACUGCAUACGCUGAACAAACAGUCGAUGAGCCCACAAAGCAAGUGUCCAAGAAGGGACCCCGUCACAGUGUUCCUGUGCUCAUGCACGUACAAGCUUUUCUGCUCUCCUUAAUGAACCCUUCCGCGGAAGGCCGAUUCUUCUAUUCAAAAGAGGACGGUGUAACAACGCUACGAUACAUGCUUCUCGACCCCACAUUUCAUUUCAAAGAUAUUGUUGAAGAAGCAAGAGCAGUAGUACUCGCAGGAGGUACAAUGUCCCCAAUGAGCGACUAUAAGCAGCAUCUGCUAUCAUACCUGGACCCUUCGAAGAUCAAAACCCUGUCCUGCGGGCAUGUUAUACCGCCUUCGAACCUGCUCGCUGUACCUGUUGUACGAGCGACGAGCGGCGCCGAGUUUGACUUUACAUUUGAAAACCGCAAUAAAGAAAAGACAAUGAAUGAUCUCGGGGCUGCCAUUUCGGCAUUUACGCGAGACAUACCCGAUGGAGUGGUAGUAUUCUUCCCCAGCUACUCGUACUUGGAUACCUGUAUCGCAGCAUGGAAGCGCCUGAAGCCAUCACAAUCAAAUACCACAUUUUGGGAUACUUUCAAAAACAGCAAGCCGGUGUUCUUAGAGCAGCGCAGUCAACAACAGAAUCUAGACGCAUCCUCAGCGGUCAAAGAGGGAGCUGUCGACUCGGUUCUCAAUGCCUACAGUACAGCAAUCGCAUGUGGUAACGGCCGAGGUGCGCUCCUUUUCGCUGUUAUUGGCGGGACACUAUCCGAGGGAAUCAAUUUUAGCGAUGCACUAGGUCGCGGUGUUGUCGUCGUCGGUCUUCCGUUUCCAAAUGCGCAUUCAGCGGAGUGGAAAGCAAAGAUGCAGUAUAUCGCUGCCAAAGAAGCAAAAAACGGUGGUGAUGGCAAGGCUGCAGCACGCGAGUUUUACGAGAAUGCAUGUAUGCGCUCUGUAAAUCAAUGUGUGGGACGGGCUAUCAGACAUAAAGGUGAUUAUGCGGCCAUUUUGAUGUUGGACAGACGGUAUGGGAGCAAGCGGAUACAAGAUAAACUACCCAAGUGGAUUAGGGGUAGUCUGACUGGUGGGCUGGGCAUGAGGGAUGUGGAGGGGAAGUUGGGUGGAUUCUUUGCAGACAAGAAAUGAAGGUCAGACUCUGUGUUCGAUGAGACAGUAUUGUAUAAUUCACAAUAAUCGACG